CUCCGAGGAAGGCGACGACGACGACGACGGCGAGGACGAACCCGGACGCAACCCGCGGAGCUUAUAGUUUCUCUUAACGACGACCGAUCGAUUGGCCGCAUUCUCAUUUCAUUUCCAUUGCCCAAGCCGCAAACCAUCAUUCUAAUAGAACCGCCGCCGGGCCGCGACCCCGACAAGACCGCCCAUCAUGAGGCCGUCCCCCAUCCUGCAGGUGCUCAAGUACAAGCACCUGCGCCUGACGACAAAGGACGUCAACAAGGGCUUCUACAAAGGAAACCGCACGGGGGCCAUGGGUCGGCACACCAAGUUUGGUGGAUACGUCAUCGAGUGGCACAAGGUGCGGACGUACGUCGUGCCAGAGGGCUUGAACAGCACCAAGCUCACACCCUUCGUCUCCGAUGCCAUCCGCCCCGUGAAGGGAGCGUAUCCCACGAAAGAGGGUCCUCGUGACCCCCAGCUUUACCUCGACGCCUGGAAGCAGCAGAACGGCGUCGAUUAAGGGGUGAUCGGAAACAGAUCUAGUGGCAUAGAAAAGACAGGAGAGAGACCCCUCUCGGCAACGAGCAUCGGUUGGGACUGGGACAGCAUAACGUUAGGAGAUAAGCAGGGGAAGGGGGUAUGCGAGACCCGAACGGAUUGUACAAGAGCUACAUAUACCCUCGGCACUGUAACAACAUGUAUUUAACAGAAAAAAAACCUACUAUCACAAGACGGAGAGCAUUCGAGAGUGUGCAGCAUUCGGGUUAGACUAGACUGGUGGGCUAAGCCAAGAAAACAGA